AUGUCACCAUUGGCCGAACUUGAUGUUGAACUAUUCAUGUAUCCUUUACCAUAUUAUGUGAUGAAUGCUAGUCGUCAAAUCAACUCUCUUCGUGACACUUUAGCAGCUUGUCAUAUGACUGCUAAUCGUGUUUGGCUUAAGGUACGUGUUUUGUCUAGGAGAAUAUAGAA